UUGAACUCUAUCUAUCUUCUCUAUCCACUCCCUUUCAUUCACUCAGUCACUCUCCUCCCGCCACGCCAUGCCCAAACGACCUCGCGGUUUCGGCAAUUUCGUCAAGAAAUUCUUCAGAAAUCGCUUCAAGGAAUUCAACAACGCUUAUGGCGAAACAGUUAGCGAUGUCUUUGCUUUCCCCUUCAAAGUUCUCUUCACUCCUUUGACCGUUGCAAUUGAUAUUGCUGGUUCUGCUCCUCGUGGCUUUGGUGUUCCUGAGCUUGUUUCUAAGCUCUCUGCUGCUUCUGUUUUUGCGGUUGCUACUUUGGGGACUUAUGACAUUGCAUUAAACUUGGGAAGGAAGGUGAUAUGUCAAAGGGACUGUGUGACAUGUAAUGGAUGGCAGGCCAUGCGGUGUACCAUGUGUCGAGGAAGUGGAAGAGUCCACUAUCAAGUGAAGAAUUGCCACCUGAAGAGUGGAGAGAAAGCGACGGCCGAAUCUGUUGCAGAUGCCAUUGUCAACAACCAGGCUGAGUUAGUGCACAUACCAUCAUCCUCUUUCGAUCCUCAGAUACCAUUACCAUCAAAAGACUGUCCAAUUUGCGAUGGAACGGGUGUAAUGGGAUGUCCUGAAUGUAAAAACAAAUUACCAUUUAAGAUUUCAGCUGAUGGUAUUAUGGAGCCCCAUUGGCAAGCUCGUAAUGUCUUGGAAAAGAUGGAUUAUCCAUAUGAGCACAUAAGGGAUAGCAUGAAAGAUCCCGAUAUUGCUGAAUUUUGGUUGAUUGCCUAUCCACAGAUUAUGUAUGGAUUUACCUAUGGCGACAAUGCAAAGAAGACAAUAUUGUCAGAGUAUGAGGAAUCCAGGUGGGACCAACUUCGAGAUGAGGUGGCCACGAGAAAACCUGGGUGGGAGUUUCUGAACGAUGCCUUGAUAUCUAUAGAUCCUGACCGUGCAAGGGAUGAUCCUGUCAUAGGUAAAAACAUCCCUUACUACAAGGCUAAGAAGGCACUGGAGGAGGAGGUUAUGAAGCUUGAUCCUCCACCAAGACCAUCAAAUUGGGGUGAACUGGACCUUCCAUUGAGUCCAUCAUCUUGGGAUGAAGAGGAUCUCAAAAAUCCAGAAAAACUCCAUGAAAUGAAUGUUCUUCUCAAUGCUCAAAGAGAAAUCUCUGAAAAUAUAUUGGAUGUACAGUGGGAAACUAAAUGGCGUCAAGAAAAGGUGAAUGAGAUGCUAGAGGAAAAGUUGCAGCCAUACAUUCAGAAUAUAGACAAUGAAGUUCUUUCUGAGCCUAUUUUAUUAAAAUCACAAAAGCAAGAAAAGAAACAUCGACAACGGAGGUGGUUCAUCUUUUGACAUGAUGGGAUGAUUUUGGUUGCCAGAACGUGCUUGUAUCCUUAAUUUUGUAUAUGCAGCACUCAAUCAUAAUCAAGCUCACAUGUUAUGCCUAGCUGUCAUGCUCAUCAUUUUUGUGGAGGAAACUAUUGUUGGCGACACAAGAAAUACACUUUAUGAAAAGGAAAGGUUUCUGCUAGGUUUAAAUGAACAUCCAAGAAGCAACUCAAACCUGCAUGCACCCAAACCUAAGCUGAUGUUACACUUGCCAAACAAUAUUCAAUUUAGAUUAUUCAUUUUCCAGGGUGUUUUUUCCUUUUAACUAAUGAUAUAAGUAUUUAUGUUAGUGUUUUGUUAUACUUGCAAAAAUAACUUAUGACAUUACUAAGUUUUCGAUUUUUUCAAUAUUUUUUCCAGAAUGGUAUGUGUAUGUAUGCUUUGAAGUGUUUAUUCACAGUUUAUGUGUGUUUAUCUUAUGACAUAACAUAAGAAUUUGUGUCUGAGAAAA